AUGACGGGCGACGCAGUGGGCAAAUCAGUCUCGGAUACUGAAAUUGAGAACUUCAAGCCAACAAUUGCAUCAUUCAGCGAUGUUGGGCCGGAGCUUCGCAAAGCGCUCUACGAACACAACAAUCAUGCAAUUGAACAAGAAUUUCUGGAUGUUGAAGCAAAAGUUGGCAUGAAAAGAGAACAUAUAGUAUGCGUGAUCAGCGGCCUGAUUGGGUUGUAUUUGUUAUUCGGCGAAGAAGCCGGUCUGCUGUGCAAUUUGAUCGGUUUCGCGUACCCGGCCACUGCUAGCGUUGCGACCUUUCUUCUGCUGUAUCUGAUGCUUCCACAGACACGCGGUGCUCAGCUUGUUCACGCCAAACUGAUUGCCCCGUUAUAUGCAAAAAUCUUCACCCCAGAAAACAACAAUAAUGUGCAAAAGUCGUGA